AAAAUUAGUAUAACUUCAUAUGGGUAAAAGUCACCAAUUACUAGUUUCUGUUCCAUCAACAUCAAGUGCUCCCAUUUGGGAUAUCAAAUGUAGUUUUCAUUCCCUUAUUGUUGUUUUAAUCGUCUCCCUCGUAGCCGGAGUAGUUUACUUGACUGGUGAGAGUGGCAAAUUAUUGUUUGAAGAUAAUAGUAAUAGUAAUAGUAAUUCAAGUAUGGGAAAGGAAAAUGAGGAGUCAUUAACGUAUUCUUCUUCAAAUAAUAAGUGUAAUUUGUUUUCUGGGAAGUGGAUUUUUGAUAACGAGUCGUAUCCACUAUACAAAGAACAAGAUUGCAAGUUCAUGUCUGAUCAAUUAGCUUGUCAAAAGUUUGGAAGAAAAGACUUGAAUUACCAACAUUGGAGGUGGCAACCUCAUCAAUGUGAUAUUCCAAGGUUCAACGCGACAACAUUAUUGGAGAAAUUGAGGAAUAAAAGACUUGUGUUCGUGGGAGAUUCUCUUAACCGAGGCCAAUGGGUUUCAAUGGUUUGCUUGAUAGAUACAGCAGUUCAUGAUUCUUCCCUUAAAUCAAUGCAUUACCGAUACAAUACUUCAUUGAUCAUUUUCCAAGUCAAAGAUUAUAAUGCAACAAUAGAAUUCUACUGGGAGCCAUUGUUGGUGGAAUCAAACUCAGAUGACCCAGUGCACCAUCGUCUCCCUGAGAGAAUUGUUAGAGCCAAUUCCAUUGAAAAACAUGGUAGUCGUUGGACUAAUGCUGAUUUUAUUGUCUUCAAUACUUACCUUUGGUGGAGACGCCCCCAUAUCAAAGUCUUGUGGGGUUCAUUUGAGAGGUCAGAUGGAAUUUACAAAGAAGUAAAAAUGUUACGGAGCUACGAAAUGGCUUUAAAGGCUUGGGCUGAUUGGUUGGAAAUUCAUGUCAAUCGCACCAAAACCCAAUUGUUCUUCAUGAGCAUGUCACCAGUUCAUGAAAGGGCUGAAGAAUGGGGUAAAGCAAAAGGGGAAAAUUGUUAUAGUGAAAAGGAAAUAAUACAAGAAGAGGGAUACCAAGGAAAUGGAUCAGAUCCAAAGAUGAUGAAAAUAGUUGAAUCAACUAUGGAUGAACUCAAACAUAGAGGAUUAAAUGUUCAUUUACUCAACAUAACACAACUAUCAGAGUAUAGAAAAGAGGGCCACCCUUCUAUCUAUAGAAAACAAUGGGAUUCUCUUACUGAAGAACAAAUUGCAAAUCCAAGUAGUUAUGCUGAUUGUAUACAUUGGUGUCUUCCUGGAGUACCUGAUGUUUGGAAUGAGCUUCUUUUUGCAUAUAUGUUUAAUAACUACUAAGACUUGAAAGAAAUUUUGGAUUUUGUAAAGUUUUUUUUCUUUAUUUAGACUAUAGUCCCAUAUGACAUGAAUAUGGACCAAACCGUUUGCAUGUGGGACUGGUUUUUCUUUUGUUUUAUUCUCUUUGUGAUUUUGUUGAAAUCCAAAAUUGUAAGUGGUAUAUUUGGCAAUUGUAUAUAAGUAACAAAUUGACAAUUGCUAUAAGAUUUUAA